GUACGCGACGCGCCGUUCACAUCUGUCACGUUUCUCACACAAAAUAUUUAUCAAUUUAUUUUCACCAAAUACAGCUGUAAAUUAUGUAUCUGUACAGUGUUUAGAAAUGGACCAACAAUUCUCAUUGUCCUGGAAUAAUUUUCACGGGAAUCUCACUAAAGGAUUCGCCGGUUUAUUAGGAAAUGGCGAAUUCGUCGAUGUUACUAUAGCUGUCGAAGGUCAUUUGUUGCAAGCACACAAAGUAAUACUGUCAAUAUGUUCACCUUAUUUCAAGAAAAUGUUUCAAUUAAAUCCAUGUCAACAUCCAAUUGUUGUACUGAGGGAUGUGACUCACAAAGCAAUGAAAGACUUGCUACAGUUUAUGUAUCAUGGGGAAGUUAGUGUGAAACGUGAAGAUCUCACUAGUUUUAUAGGAACAGCUGAAGUAUUACAAAUAAAAGGAUUGACAAAUAAAGAGACUGAAGAAGAUGAAGACAGUGAAAGAGAGCAAGAUUUACCUAAACACAGAACAGAAACUCAAAACAACACUCCUGAUGCAGAGUCAUGUGUGUCAGACACAUAUGAUACAGCUCUAAAUGAUGAUACAACACAAAACAAUGAAUUAGAGCUGUUAAAACAAAGGCAACUUAUAGAAAAACUGCACAGAAUCAGUAACCUUAAGAGGAAAUCCAAUGAAUUCCUUCAAAAGAAUUACUUUUCAGACAUACUCAACCCUGAAAAGAGAUCAAAAACAAAAGAGAAAAUUAUCUACACUCAAAAUAAUCAGAUGUACCAAUCAAAUAAUUACGAGAACAUUAAAAAUUUGUAUGAAGAUAACCCAGUGGACAUUUCUGCGUCAUACAACACACAUAUAUCAAAAACCAAUUCACAAGAUUUUAAUGAGAAAAGUAAAGAUCAGUCUCUAUCAGAUAAUGGCUUGGAAAUGAAGACAGAAUGUGAUGAUAGUGAUAUCAUAGUAACAGACCCAGCAGUAUGUUCUACGCCUAAGAAUUAUGAAUCAUCUAGAGAAGGAAAGAAAGAUCUGUCUGUACCCAUAGACUAUCCAUCCCCACAAGACAAUACCAGCUUGAGUUCGUUAUUCAUCGACCUUAAAAACUUAGUGAAUGGUAAGGUAACUAACAAUACACUGAGAACUAACUCAAGUGAAGAAUACCCUAGACCAACAUUGGAGCACCGACUGGUAACUAUCCCGCAAAAGGAAGACGGGAAGAAGAAAUACCCACAGCGUUCAUGUCGUCUUUGUUGGAAAAUAGGACGCAGACGGGACACUCGAUUUAUGUGUAGCGCAUGUGAACUGCCAUUUUGCAAAACACCUUGCUUUGGAAUUCAUUUUAAUGAUGUACUAAGAGUAUCUCAAUUGCAAGGAGAUUAUUACGCAAAUUAACAUUUUAUUUAUACAAGCUUAACUCUCUAAAGGGAGCUAUUUAUAAGUGAAAAUAAUUGAAGUAGUAGAUAAAAAUCCACUAAAGGCUUGUAGUGAUUACUACAUAUUUAUAUAAUUUUAUUGCACACAAAACUGAAUCAUAGAUUCGAAUGAGAUUUGGGACCAAAUCUAUAAACUGGAUUGUGACAAAAACAUCUUAAAAAGUUGCAUAAGAAUAGCCUGGUCAAAAUAAACAUAGAAAGUUACAAAAUUUGUAUACAGCUAUAGAAUGUUGGUAUAAAGUUCGCAUUUAAAAAAGAUAUUUUUUUUAAACUGCCUACUAUAAAGAUUUCAAAACCAAAAUCUGGUUGAGCAAGUUUUAAUGCGAUUGUGACUAUCAUUGUUUUGUUACCUAUGUAUAAAGACCUACAUUUUCUUCAUUAAUACAAUGUAAAACUAUAACAUUGUACUGAAAUAAAGACAUGACAUACCUAUCUGGGGUACCAUACUUUUUAUUCAUUACAUUACGGUGUCAUGGACAUUAGUAUCAAUCUUUAGCUGUAUUCGAAUUAUUGUAACUUGCCCCUCUUUUUGGCUUACUUGACCAGGCUAAUAUAGUAUAGGGUUAUUUGUAAGUACCAGUUACAUUUUGGAGUAAUAAAGAUCAUAAAGCACAAUAAUUAAUUAACUGUGAUAAUGGGACAAUGCUCUCAAGUGCCAAUUUAUCAUUAAAACAAAGCUAUUUUUAUAAAACUUGCAUUCAAUUAGGGAGUACACUUAUUUUUCACACUUUUUAAUAAGUGCCAUUAUAUUUCGCCAUAAAAUUUUAUAAAGACUUUAUUGCUCAUUUUCUAGUCUAUUUAUUGUACUAAUUUAAGAUAUGCAACAAUAAAUUCAGAUACAAUUUUUGUUACAAUUAAUGUAAUUAUUAGUUUUGAACAAGUAUUUUGACAUAAAAAAUUUGAUAUCAAAAUGAUCUCUAUCACACGUAUUUUACAUCAUUUUUACAUUUAUUGUAUAAGAAACAUAUUGAGAUUUACAUUCCUGAUUUUUACAUUUGUAAUUUUAUAAUACGUAAGGCCUCUGUGUGGAACAAUUACUUAAUUUUUUAUUCUGAUGAACAAGUGCUAUUUUUAAUGUGUGAUGUUACUUAAAAUUAUGUUUUGAAUGAUUUAUAAUAAGCGAAUGUAUUUUUAUAUCCAUAUUUGAUUAAAUGCUAUAUAAACAGAUGGGCAUUUUUUAUUAUAAAUGUAAAAUAUAUUUUAUUUUCCCUAA